AUGGUGACUCACGUGCGCAUAAGACUGACAAAUAUCGUCGUGUUUGAACUCCAGACGAUGAAAAGCGGCUUUUUGAACUUGCACAAGCCCGCGAAGCACACAUCGCACCAGUGUGUGGAUGCUAUGCGCCGAGUGUUUGAUACACGACAAGUUGGUCAUGGUGGAACAUUGGAUCCAAUGGCUACAGGUGUUCUCACCGUAGCAGUAGGACGUGCCACGCGGUUCUUGCAGUACCUAACGACUGGUAAAGAGUACAAGGGUGUCAUUCGGCUGGGGAUCACAACAGACUCAGACGAUGGUUAUGGAAAAGUUUUGACACAAAAUCCAGCACCUUGGAUUGAUGAAAAGAUGGUGAAGAUGACAUUGCAACGAUUUAUUGGAAAUAUAGAUCAGGUACCUCCACGAUUUAGUGCAAUCAAAACGAACGGUGUAAGGCUUUACAAGCUGGCGCGAGCCAACAAGGACUUUGAAGUCAAACCAAGACGAGUGCAAAUUGACUCGAUUGAAGUACUUGACUUUACUCAAGGAGACUAUCCAGAGGUGAAUGUUAACGUCGCCUGUGAGGGUGGCACGUACAUUCGAUCGAUCGCGCGUGAGUGUGGUGAAGCAUUGAUUGUGCCGCCUGAAAAUGUAAAUCCAACAAACACUUUACGUAACUCUGUCGGCGAGUUUUGUGCUGGGGGAAUACUGACCGAGCUAGAGCGAACUAGAAGUGGGGUCUAUUCCGUCGCUGAUAGUCUUGAUCUCGAUGAAAUUCGAUCAAAAGUAGAGCAAGGAAAAUCUCCAUUACAACCGAUCGAAAGUAUGCUUCAGCAUCUUCCGUUUGCAAACCUGCCGCUACAAACUGCUCAGCGAUGGCUUCAUGGCGGUGUUGUCACAAUCUCUGCUCAAGACAUUGUGCUUGGGAGCAACAAGAACUUUGAAUUUUCGAGCGGCAAGCCCAUUCGCAUUUAUAUCUCCUCAACACCGCAAAUGCUUGGGAUCGCUCAAGUGGACCCGCAGGCUCAGUAUAAGGAAUUUGUACUCAGAAAGCGUGUAUUUAUCUAA